AGUGAUGGAGAUGCUGUUACACGGAAGAGGACUGAUCCUGAGUCUAUUUUUCCUCCUGUUAAAGUUGUCAAGAGCUGAAAUACCACUCUCAGUUCAACAGGUACCAACAAUCAUAAAGCAGUCGCAUGUACAAGUUGCCUUUCCUUUUGAUGAGUAUUUUCAAAUUGAAUGUGAAGCUAAAGGAAACCCAGAACCAAAAUUUUCAUGGACUAAGGAUGACAAGCAUUUUGAUCUUUCUGAUCCUCGGAUAAUUGUAUCUAACAAUUCAGGCACAUUCAAGAUCCCAAAUGAGGGACACAUCUCUCACUUUCAAGGGAAAUACCGCUGUUUUGCAUCUAAUAGACUAGGAACUGCAGUAUCAGAAGAAAUAGAAUUCAUAGUUCCAGGUGUUCCAAAAUUCCCCAAAGAAAAAAUUGAACCCAUGGAUGUGGAAGAAGGGGAUUCCAUUGUCUUACCCUGUAACCCUCCCAAAGGCCUCCCACCUUUGCACAUCUAUUGGAUGAAUAUUGAAUUGGAACACAUUGAACAAGAUGAAAGAGUAUACAUGAGCCAAAAGGGAGAUCUGUAUUUUGCAAAUGUGGAAGAAAAAGACAGUCGAAAUGAUUACUGUUGCUUUGCCGCAUUUCCAAAAUUAAGGACGAUUGUACAAAAAAUGCCAAUGAAACUAACUGUGAACAGUUUAAAGCAUGCUAAUGAUUCAAGUUCAUCCACAGAAAUUAGUUCCAAGGCAAAUUCAAUCAAACAAAGGAAACCCAAACUUCUGUUGCCUCCUGCUCAGAGUGGCAGUUCAUCCACAAUGAUUGUCCUCAAAGGGGAUACCCUGUUGCUUGAGUGUUUUGCAGAAGGCCUACCAACCCCACAGGUCGAGUGGAGCAAACUGGAUAGCGAAUUACCAAAGGGAAGAGAAACAAAAGAAAAUUAUGGGAAGACUUUGAAGAUAGAAAACAUCUCCUACCACGACAAAGGAAAUUAUCGCUGUAUAGCUAACAACUUCUUGGGGAAAGCCAGCCAUGAUUUCCAUAUCAUAGUACAAGAGCCUCCACGUUGGAAAAAGAAACCUCAGAGUGCAGUGUACAGCACAGGAAGCAGUGGUAUCUUGUUGUGUGAAGCGGAAGGAGAACCUCAACCCACCAUCAAAUGGAGAGUCAAUGGCUUCCCAAUUGAAAAUCAUCCAUUUCCUGGUGACGUUAUGUUCCCCAGGGAAAUCAGUUUUACAAAUCUACAACCAAAUCAUACUGCUGUCUAUCAGUGUGAAGCUUCAAAUAUCCAUGGAACCAUCCUUGCCAGUGCCAAUAUUGAUGUUGUAGAUGUUGUCCCACUGAUUCAAACUAAGAAUGAAGAAAAUUACGCUACGGUGAUUGGGUACAGUGCCUUUUUAAAUUGCGAGUAUUUUGCUUCACCCAAGGCCACAGUGAUCUGGGAAGUGGCCGAUGAAACACAUCCCCUUGAAGGUAGUCGGUACCAUACCCAUGAAAAUGGCACUCUGGAGAUCUACAGAACCACUGAGGAAGAUGCAGGAUCCUACUCUUGUUGGGUAGAAAACGCAAUAGGAAAAGCCGUCAUCACAGCCAAUUUGGAUAUUAGAAAUGCCACAAAGCUCAAAGUUUUCCCGAAGAACCCUCGCAUCCCGAAAUCACACGCACUUGAACUACACUGUGAAAGCCAAUGCGACGCCCAUUUGAAACACAGCUUGAGGCUGUCCUGGAGUAAAGAUGGGGAGCCUUUUGAAAUUAAUGGCACAGAAGAUGGCAGAAUAUUGAUUGAUGGAGCUAAUCUGACCAUAUCCAACAUCUCGGCAGAAGAUCAGGGUAUUUAUUCCUGUUCUGCUCAAACUGCUCUUGAUAGCGUUUCUGAGAAAACUCAUGUAACCGUCCUUGGUGUUCCAGAUCCUCCAGGAAACCUUCUCUUGUCAGAAAGACAGAACAGGAGUGUCCGGCUGUCCUGGGAAGCUGGAGAUGACCACAACAGCAAUAUCACUGAGUACAUUAUAGAAUUUGAAGGGAACAGAGAGGAACCUGGGAAGUGGCAGGAGCUAACUAGAGUCCAAGGAGAAGAAACAGAGGCUGUGUUAUCUUUGGCUCCAUAUGUAAGAUAUCAGUUCAGGGUCACAGCUGUGAAUGAAGUGGGGAGAAGUCACCCCAGCCAGCCAUCGGACCAUCAUGAAACUCCACCAGCAGCUCCAGAUAAGAAUCCACAGAACAUCAGGGUUCAAGCGUCCCAACCCAAGGAGAUGAUUAUAAAAUGGGAGCCUUUGAAAUCCAUGGAGCAGAAUGGGCCAGGACUAGAGUAUAGAGUGAGUUGGAAGCCCCAGGGAGCACCAGAGGAAUGGGAAGAAGAAACAGUUACAAACCACACACUCCGUGUGAUGACACCUACCAUCUAUGCUCCUUAUGAUGUCCAAGUUCAAGCCAUCAAUCAAUUCGGCUCUGGACCUGAGCCUCAGCCAGUGACACUCUAUUCAGGGGAAGACUAUCCUAGUACAGCUCCAGUGAUCCAUGGUGUUGAUGUUAUGAAUAGCACAUUAGUUAAAGUGACCUGGUCAUCAAUUCCAAAGGAAACAGUACACGGGCUUCUGAGAGGCUACCAGAUAAAUUGGUGGAAAACCAAAAGUCUGUUGGAUGGAAGGACACACCCCAAAGAAGUGAACAUCCUAAGAUUCUCAGGACAGCGAAACUCUGGAAUGGUUCCUUCCCUAGAUGCCUUUAGUGAAUAUCACUUAACAGUCUUAGCUUAUAAUUCCAAAGGAGCUGGUCCAGAGAGCGAGCCCUAUAUAUUUCAGACCCCAGAAGGAGUACCUGAACAGCCAAGUUUUCUCAAAGUCAUCAAAGUUGAUAGAGACACUGCCACUUUAUCCUGGGGACUUCCUAAGAAACUAAAUGGAAAUUUAACUGGUUACCUUUUACAAUACCAGAUAAUAAACAACACCUACGAGAUUGGAGAAUUAAAUGAAAUCAAUGUUACUACACCAUCUAAAUCUAGCUGGCAUCUCUCAAACCUCAAUGCAACAACCAAAUACAAGUUCUACUUGAAGGCAUGCACCUCAAAAGGCUGUGGGAAGCCAAUAAGUGAGGAAAGUGCCACGCUGGGAGAAGGGAGUAAAGGUAUCAGGAAGAUAACAGAAGGAGUAAAUCUUACCCAAAAGAUUCACCCUGUAGAGGUACUUGUGCCGGGAGCGGAACAUAUUGUUCACCUCAUGACUAAGAACUGGGGUGAUAACGAUAGCAUUUUUCAAGAUGUAAUUGAGACAAGAGGGAGAGAAUAUGCUGGCUUAUACGAUGACAUCUCCACUCAAGGCUGGUUUAUUGGACUGAUGUGUGCAAUCGCUCUUCUCACACUGAUACUAUUAACUAUUUGCUUUGUGAAGAGGAACAAAGGUGGAAAGUACUCAGUAAAAGAGAAGGAAGAUUUACACCCAGAUCCAGAAGUUCAAUCAGCAAAAGAUGAGACUUUUGGUGAAUACAGUGACAGCGAUGAAAAGCCUCUCAAAGGAAGCCUUCGGUCCUUGAAUAGGAACAUGCAGCCCACAGAGAGUGCUGACAGCUUAGUGGAAUAUGGAGAGGGAGACCACUCCAUAUUCAAUGAAGAUGGAUCUUUUAUUGGCGCCUACACCGGGGCUAAGGAGAAAGGGUCUGUUGAAAGCAAUGGAAGCUCUACGGCCACGUUCCCACUCCGGGCAUAG